GACACAUUACAUCAGGCUAGGCUAUUGACGAUUACAGUCCCAACAAGUUGGUAUUGCGUAAUCAAAGGGAAAUCACAAUGUCAAUACAUUGCGGAGGACUGGCCGAUAAGAACUUACUCAGUUUAGAUCUCCUCUCAAUCGUUCGUCAGUCUGCGUGACUGAGCCGGGUAGGAACGUCUGAAAAGAUGGAUGAAACGCCGUGGAAAAGAACUCAUCAUCUCACUGACAUGUCGAAAGCAGUAAGCAGCCAGCUGGUUGACGUCACAAAUGAAACAGACAAAAACUCCGUGCACGGAAAGCGGGGAAGGAACCGUCUGGCAGUAGUAACUGCCCAAGGAAAAGUAAAUGCUGUGAAAGAACUCCUUCUGAAAGGUGCGCAGGUGGAUCUCGCUGAUUCCGGUGGCAACACGCCUCUCAUGCAAGCUGCGCGCGCAGGAAACAAGGAACUCGCUCUGCUCCUUCUGUUGCACGGUGCCGACGUCACUCACCGCAACAAGAAAGGGUCCACUGCAUUGAUUGAGGCUUGUACAAAUAGGCAGGGUGUGGGUUUGAUCCACCCGUUAAUUUAUCAAGGUGCAUGUGUGGAUGAAGCUAACUCUGAUGGAAUGACUCCACUAAUGGUUGCAUCCCAACACAGCCUGUUGGAUAUCGUUAAAGUUCUUCUUGAUGACGGUGCACAAGUUAGUAAAGUGGACAAAUCAUGCAAUACAGCUUUGAUGUACGCUUGUCAGCAAGAGAAUGCGACUGUCGUAAAAACAUUAAUAGCAGCCGGGGCGAAUGUGAGGGCUCAUAACAUAAAACAAGAGGUGGCCUUGAUGGUUGCAGCUCGCCGCGGGAACGCACAAGUGGUCAGAACUCUGAUCCAACACGGUGCCAAGCCGGAGGCGAAAAAUCGGAGAGGAGAGAACGCUCUGCUCCUGGCCUGUGUUCACGGCCAAACAGAAGUUGUAGAGAUUCUCGCUUCCAGAAGCCGGGACUGUCCCGGCACGUCAGAUGCUCUUUUGUAUGCAACAAAGAAAGACCUGGUGGAGGCAAUAGAGUCUCUCUGUGCAGCUGGGGUAGACGUGAAUCAUGUGGCUGAGUACGGGGCGAGGGUAACUCCUCUCAUCAUAGCUUGUCAGUGGGCGGCUCCAGAAACCCUCACUACAUUGAUCAAGUGUGGGGCAGACGUCAACUUGGUCAAUAGAUCUAGAUCUGGACUUAGAACUGGAGCAACUGCGCUGCUGUCUCUCUUAUCGACCAGCUGCCCCGUGCCAGAGCGAGAGGCAAAGGUCAAAAUACUACUUCAACAUGGGGCCGACCCCAAUCUCGGCUCAACAGAGUCUCCUCUGGAAAGAGCAGCUUCCCGUCGUUUCAAUUUCAAAGACGUCAUCCCACAUCUGUUCAAGGCCGGAGCUUGUACUGGUCGUUCUGUCCAUCUGGCUAUUAGGUAUGGACACCUGGACUCCGUGCAAACAUUAAUCACUAAUGGAGCCAUGCCUAUGUCAAAAGACAUGUCGCAUUCACGGGGGCACACGUAUACGCCAUUCAGCUUCUCAAUACACCGAGGACUACUAGAAGUGGCGAGAUUCUUUCUUAGUAUAAAUUUCUUGCUACCGUGCGACCUGAAACUUAACCAGAAUAAUAUGCCUACGCUGACAUUCAUGACGGAAGACCAAACGAAUACUGUGUCCAGCUUUGUGGAAGAUCUGUGUUCACAACCGUGGAGCCUGGAGAGAUUAAGUUUCGGGGUAGUGUCCUCUGUGUUGGGAUUUGGAAAGGAUCGGGCCUCGAAAGUCAAUUUCUUAGGUCUUCCAACGGAGUAUAAGGAUAAAUUGAUGUUUCGACAUAGAACAGCCCAUAUCCCGGUGGAUAAGUGGGGCCUGAUUGAAGUGUGAAGAAUGAGCAGUUGGUUCAACACGCGUGUAUUUAUACUGAGUUUAUUGGACGCAAAUCGAUGCGUGGGCUAUUUACACAGUUUAAAUACACCGUACAUGUACUUUAUUUAGUGGCGUCCAAAAGAAACUUGAAAAUGUAAUCACCCAAUCAAAGGGUUAACUUAAAGCCGUGCACUUCCCACUCUUGCAGUAUGCCAAUUUAAAGCUAAAUAAGCUCUGCAUCAUCUAACCCAUUGAUAUUUUAUAUAAUGUAAAGAGACACCCGAGACUUUGUCACUCAAAACUGAUCUUUAAAAAAUCAGGCUAGGCAAACUUGUGCGAAAUCAAAGAAACGUAAUAAUGUGUUGGCGCGUAUUUUGAGGUGCAUCAACAUUAGGGGAAUGGACAUGCAUUGAAUAUCAAACGAAAAGAGAAUAUUAUUGUCUCUUCAAUGAACAGCAUCUUCAUAUGAUAUUUUCAAACAGAUUGGAAAACAGAGCAGUUACAUACCACGUAAAACCUGGACUUAAAG